ACAGCGCAGCGGCAUCAUCUCAAGGACAGGCUGUGUGUGCGCUCUCUCAGGGAGGUAACGACAUGUUCCUGCUGCUGUCGUGGAUGUAGAGCCUCUGACAGGAGGUCAGUGAUGACAUCACUCACGUAUCAUAUGACUGGUCCUGAUUCCUAACCACAUCGCCAUGGCAACAGGACGAAAAGGCUCCACCUCCAAGGCAGGUGGGGUGCGUUUCCCCGAUGACGAUGAGCCCCCUGGCUCUCCAACACGCAGAGAUGACCAAUCAAACCUCUCUAGUCUCAUCGCUAUCCUGGAAAAGGACGGGAGCUACUUGGUCAAGGCUGGUUUCCUGAAGAGCCAUCACUGCUAUGAGAUCGUCUUCACCGUUCCCGAUGUUCCCACAGUGGGAAAAGAGCUCUCCUGUCUUCCUUCCUGCUCUCCCUCUCGGAAACCCCCCAGCCUCAGGAUUCACAGAAUAAACUCCACAUUAGAGGGGGUGAAAGUGUUGUGUGAGUACAGGACUAACCAGGAGGGGGUGCUGCAGGAGGAGAUCACUCUGGCUACCAAAGGGAGGAAGGACACCAACCUGAAGGUCAGACUGCAGGCCAAGGUCAUUGACCCCCAUCACGGGACCCCCAUGCUGCUGGAGGGGGUGAGGUGCCUGGGUGCAAAGAAGGACGUUCUCUCAAAGCAAAGCAGCGAACGGAAGAAGAUAUAAUGCUAAGAUCCACCCUCAUACUGUACAUAUAGACUGUCUGUCUGCAGCAGUGAGCCAGGACACGGAGGGGAAGAAAAGCUAAAUGUGUUUCGUCUUUAUUGUAUGUGGAGGUUAUCAGGGUUCCAUGUGGCUAGUUAGCUGUGGUUAGGUUAGUUGUGCUACUGUGGAACUCCACAGAAACACAUAGAUAAAAUGUAAUUCAAAUGUAAUUUUUUGACAAUUAGAAACUCAUUUCCUCAGAAAAAACAUAGAAAACCACCAGCUGUCUAAUAAACACAGCCAUGGAGCCUCUGUAGUUAGAGGUAGAAUAAACCAGCACACAUAAAAACAACAAGACAAAUACGAACCAUGAGCAGCACCAUACAUAAACUUUCCAAUGCAGAGAUUUUAACUUUACAGCAGCACAACCAAGGAAAACAUAUCUUACCUUCCCCUCUUCCUGUCCACAAAGAGCAUUAUUGAGUAACUUUAGAAGAUUACUGCCACUAGAUUUAGGCUUGAUACGGAUACAGACAGAGCACGGAAGUCAGAGAGAAACAGAAACUGUGCACAUGGGAUCCCUCUUUUUUAAAUGGUGAUGAAAGAUAGUCCUUCUUUUAGUAGAGGGGUGUCAAACUCAAUCACAGAAGGGGCCAGAUUCUGAAUUAAGGUCUGACCUGAGGGCCUAACAGGGUCCACAUUUAACCUGUUAACCCUCAUUUUUGACAGCAAUGAA